AUGAAGUUCUUCGCCGCCGCCGCUCUCUUCGCUACCAGCGCCAUGGCUGCUGUCUGCCCUACUGGCCUCUACUCAAACCCUCUCUGCUGUUCCGACAACGUCCUCGGCCUCAUUGGUAUUGAUUGCAGCACUCCCACCGUCUCCCUUGGCGAUAAUGCUGCCCUUUUCCAGGCCAACUGUGCUUCCAAGGGCAAGCAGCCCCUUUGCUGUGUUGCUCCCGCUGCCGACCAAGGUAUUCUCUGCCAGAAGCCCGCUGGAACCCUGUAA